AUGACAAUCAAAGAAAAACGCACAUUCAACGAAGUUGACGAAAUCGUCAUUUCCAAAGAGAAACUCUAUGCUUUCGUUCUGGAAUGUUUGGCAAAAACCGGAUGUUCACAAGACCACGCUCAACAAUUGGCUGACACACUUUUGUGCUCUGAUUAUCGAGGACAUUAUUCGCAUGGAAUCAAUCGACUACAAUAUUAUGUGCAUAAUUUACAAAUCAAAUCAACAGCGCCUAGCGGUGGGUUAACCAGCAAGGUUCAGAAACAAGGAAAUGUUUUGUUUUAUUUUUUGAAAUGAAAAUAAAUAAAUACACACGCGAUUCUUGUGCUACCGUACUUAUCGACGCGCUGCGAGACCUGUGUGCCGCGAGUUCGAAUUUAGUUUAUCUAAUUUUUAUUUUUUCAGGAACUCCACAAAUCCUCAAAGAAAAGGGUUCGACGGCUUGGGUUGAUGGAAAUAAUUUACUGGGACCAGUUGUGGGCAACUUUUGCAUGCAACUGGCUAUUGAAAAAGCGAAGAAUUUUGGAAUUGGAUGGGUUUGUGUGAAGAAUUCGAAUCAUUAUGGAAUUUCGGGUUGGUAUGCAGAUAUUGCAAGGCAGCACGGAUUAGUGGUAAGGGUUUUUGAGUUUGGUAAUGGAAGCUUGAGGAGGGUGGGGUCACGGAUAAAAUAUGCAUUUUCAUUUUAUAAUUGUUUUUCCUACCUGAAUCACUUUAUAGUCAUAAUUCUUCUAGGGAAUGGCAUUCACAAACACAUCUCCUUGCGUUUUCCCAACUGGUUCAUCAGAAAAAAGCCUUGGAUCAAAUCCGAUUUGUAUGGCAGCACCAGGACUUGAUAAUGACUCAUUUUUCCUGGACAUGGCUUCGACAACAGUUGCCUAUGGCAAAAUCGAGGUUGCUGAUCGAAAAGGAGAAACCUAUAUUCCACCGAAUUGGGGAGCUGAUAAAAAUGGAAAAGAGACGAACACUCCGCAAGAAGUUUUGAAUGAUGGAGGACUUCAACCAUUAGGUGGAUCUGAAAUCACUGGAGGAUAUAAAGGAACUGGAUUAUGUAUGAUGGUUGAAGUGCUUUGUGGAAUUAUGAGUGGAAGUGCUUUUGGGAAAAAUAUUAGACAAUGGAUGGCGACUGAUACAACCGCUGAUUUGGGACAAUGUUUUGUGGCGAUUGAUCCCGAAUGUUUUGCACCUGGUUUUCAAGGAAGACUUCAAGAAUUUGUUGAUGAAACGAGAGAUCUUAAACCCAUCAAUAAAAAUCGGCCGGUACAAGUUCCUGGUGAUCCGGAAAGAGCGCAUAUGAAUAUGUGUGAUGAGUUGGGUGGAUUGGUUUAUAAGAAGAAACAAUUGGGACAUUUGAAGACAUUGGCCGAUCAGAUUGGUGUUAUUAUGCAAUUGGUCGAAGAGGAUGUUUAUGCAUAA